AUGAACGGAUUCUCCAGUACAUGGUUGUUACUUCUCCUGAUGGCACUUACCACUGUUGGUACAGGGCUGAGAGUCCCCAAGCACGCAUGGGACUCGCACAUACACAUCAUCGAGCCAGACCGAUACCCACUAGAUCCAAACAGAGACUACACUCCCAAGCCAGCAACUCGCCAACACGCCGCCGAGUUUGAAGCCUCCCACGGUAUCGACCAUGCUGUUGUCGUGCUCCCUAGUGUGUACGCAACAAACAACACUGUCCUUCUCGAUGCCCUGCGCUCCUUCAACGGAAGCUACGUUGGUGUAUGCGUGCUCGAUAUAGAUGAGCAGGUAGACAACAAGACGCUACAGACAUUUCACCAAGCCGGCGUUCGCGGUAUUCGAGUUAACUACGGGAACACCGGGACAGAUUCCCAGAUCACCGCGGACGUCGUUAAAGCUGCAAGUAUUGCGCGUGUCCACGACUGGGUCCUGCAGCUGUGGCUCCCAAUCAGCGCCUACAAGGCCCUGCAGCCUGUAAUUCCAACCCUCGGCGUGCGGGUUGUGGCCGACCAUUACGGGCAUGCGAUGGUGGGAUCGCGAACGAAUGAUCCCAGGAAUACGGUUGAUCCGUUUACUAUUCCUGGUUUCCGCGAGGUAAUCGAUCUUGUCCGGAAUCGGCAUCUGUUCGUGAAGAUCUCGGCGCCAUACCAGAACUCAAAGCAGGAGCCUCUAUACAGCGACUUGCGUGUGGUUGCGGAGACUCUUAUGCUCAACGGGCCUGAGAUGGUGGUGUUUGGCAGUGACUGGCCUCAUACCUCUAGUAAGGAGGGUAAUGGCCCUGGUGGUCCGUUGGUUCCUCAGGACUAUCGUGACAUUGACGACGAGGCUAUCCUGAAGCAGACGCUGGAGUGGGCAGGGAGUCAGGCACAGGUUCAGCGACUCUUCGUGGACAAUCCACGUCGACUAUGGGGGUGGACCGAUGUCCACUCCUAA